GUAAAAUAUUAAAAUGUUUGAGAAAAAGAAGCAAACUGAACAUAAGCCACGAGAUGAUGGCGUUGAAUUGGAAAAUCAAUUUAUUAUUCGCUUUCCGCAGGAAGUGGCCGGCGACAUCCAUGAAGCUAUAAAUUUAGGCAAUGUGAAGGAUCGCCUAUAUAUAAACUUAGACCAGGAUUUGCGCCAUGGCGAAGUGCGUUUUGAUGACCAAAUGCUCUAUGCCAAACUUGUUGACUUGCCCACUAUUCUGGAGAGCUACAAGACAAUUGAUAAUAAAAGCUUCUACAAAACGGCAGACGUUUGCCAGAUGCUCAUUUGCAAGGAUGAGCCGCACGAUGAGACAGAAAAGGAAUCGCCCAACAAGAACAAGAAAACCCCAAGUAGUCUCUAUGACAAUCAGCAGAAUGAAGAAGAAUUUGAGAACUUAGGGUUUAUGGAUGAUCCACAGUCUCAAUAUAUACAACAGCAAAUACAAGACAGAAUAAAUAACCUUAAUCGACAGAUCAGUGACCUGAGGGCACAACAAACUCAAAAAUCUACUGAAAUUGCUUCCAUACAAAACGCUACACUGAAACAGCGCAUGCAGGAGACGCUAGAUAAUCUCUUUGCUCAGAUCAAGGAGCGUGAGCAGGAGCUUAAGAACUUAGAAAACAUGUUGGAGCAAUAGACCUGAUAACUCAAAAAAUAUAUAUAAUAUUUA